CCUACUGACGGUCAGCAUGGAACAAGGAUUCAACGAGAAUAACGCACGUAACGAUGCCGUUGAUGAGGGCGAAAAUGAUCCCUUGUACCCUUUUGGCACCCCGGUGUCCAUAUGUAGCAAUUCUGUCCAAAUGG